AUGGCCGCUCUACCAGCUUUUAAGCCUUAUGUUCUCACGCCACUCGAUCAUUCCAUUUUUCCUGUUUAUCUUUAUCCGUCAUUUGCUUUCCACAUCGAAAGCCCAGGCUUGGCCAUUCCGAUUCUCGAACUCGCCGUUUCACGGCUUGUGUAUCUUCUGCCAUUCCUGACUGGGAAUAUAACUGCUUCAACUCAAUUAAAAGGAAAGGAGAAUGUGUUAGAGGUGCAGCCCCCAACGCAGAGAUUUCUGAUGGACCACCCGAUGCUGAAGAUCAAGCAUCACCGCCAAUGCAUAUCUCCUAUGACCUCAGGCUCAAAUAUCAAAACGGACCAAUUGCUCAAUGAAAGCCUUGUUCCGAUUCCCUUCGAAAUGGCCGCGGAGGCCAUAAGUCCUAUCUUCAGGAUUCAAGCCAAUAUUAUGAGCAAUGGAUUGAUUCUUUGCCUAGCUUUCCACCAUAUGGCAAUGGAUGGAGUCGGCUUGUUGAAUGUCGCCACAGCGCUUGCGACUUGCUGCCGUGAUUCUCGGGCUGAGAUCGAAACUCUGCCCACUGACCCACAACGGGAAGAACACAGUCGCCAAUUGAUUCUCGAAAAUGGACAUGUUGCUAAGAGGACCGACAAAUUUGAAGCUGAGUAUGGAGAGUAUUCGUGGGAUCUUAGUUCCAGCCCUGAAUGCGAUGAGCCGACCAGCAAGAUCUUUAAGCUAGAUGCCAGCAAAAUCGAACGCAUCAAAACUGAGUGCCAGCUCAUGGUUGAAAAGCACCCCAAUAUGCCGAACCCACAAUUGACAAGCAACACUGUUGUAACUGCCAUACUGUGGCUGUGUUGGAUCCGUGCCAAGCAUCAUGGUUUAGAUUCAACAGAAACGCCGAACAACGCUGAAUCGAGUAUCCUCACAGCAGCAGACAUUCGUGGAAAGAUCGAGCCAUGCCUACCUAGUAGUUACUUAGGUAACGCAAUCAUGACAGUCGAGACAUCAGCCCGUAUUCAAGAUCUCUGGUCUACGAAAGAUGUUCAUCGCGAAUCCUACCGCUCAGGACAUGUCGACUCUCUUGAGAUUAAGCACAUCUCGAGACUCGCAGGAUCUCUUCAAAUUUCCGCCGAAUCAAUUGACAGUCAAUACAUCAGCAAUGUUAUAUCCCAUAUCGUUUCUAAUGACAACUGGGCAGCAACUCCACGCCCAGCCGAAUUCCUGGUCAGCAGUAUCCGGGCUUUUAAGCUCUACGAUCUCGAUUUCGGGCCGACCCUAGGCCCACUGCGAGAUUUUGGCUUGGACCAUAAUCGCAUUCCGGGUUUUUGCUGGAUCAAGCCGGCCCGAUACAAUACGACGUUGGCGCCUUGGGAGUUAAUCAUCAUGUUGGAGCCAAAAUUCAUGAGAAACCUUGAGCGGGACGGGUUGAUCAACUGGCUUAUCUUGAAAGAUGGCCCAAGGUUGUGA